AUGUAUCUCCGCGAAGUGCAUGCUGAGAAGGAUCUUCGCGUCCUGCGCCAGCUCGUUCGGGAAAAUCCUCUCGGAAUGAUAACAACUGCUAUCAAGUCUCCCCAUUUUCCCUUCCUCCAAACAAGCCACAUUCCUUUCGUUUUGGAGGUAGAAGACGAAGAGAGCCAAACAGAACUUGGGCGACUAAAGGGUCAUCUUGCCAGGGCCAAUCCUCAGAGCAAAGCUAUCAUCGAGGAAGUCAAUGAUCGGCACACCGAGGACGCUGUCAAGAUACUUGAGAAUGACGUCCUAGUCAUUUUUAACUCGCCCAUCCAAUCCUACUCGACUCCCAAGUUCUACACGGAGACGAAGCCCAGUACAGGAAAAGUUGUGCCGACGUGGAAUUAUGCUGCCGUCCAGAUCUACGGCAAGGCUACUGUCUAUGUUGAUUCUAAAGCGGCAGAGACGAGCGCAUUCCUUGACUCACAGAUGCGUGCUCUCACUUAUCACAACGAAGUUGAGCGGAUGGGAUACGAUGGAAAGGGUGAUAAUCCUGGGCCAUGGGAGGUUUCGGACGCGCCCGAAAAAUACAUCGAAUUGUUGAAAAAGGCCAUCAUCGGUAUCGACAUCAAGAUUGAACACAUGGGUGGAAAAUUCAAAAUGAGCCAGGAGAUGAAUACUGGAGACACCGAGGGCAUCAUCAAAGGCUUUCGUAAUUUGGGUACGGAGAUGGGUGGAAAGGUUGCUGACCUAGUGGAAGAACGCCAAGCUCUGAACAAGGCCAAGGCCGAGACAUAG